AUGUCCGCACUCCAACAAGUUGGAUAUACAAAAAUUCGCCUUGCAUUCAAUGCUACACCUGAAAUUGAACGAAAAAAGGCAAUAAAAGAAGCACAAAUUGAAAGAAAUUCUCUUAGAGAAUUUGAACAGAAAAUAAAAAAUGUGGACAGUAAUAUACCUUUUGAUCAAGUUAAAAAUUGGUAUAUUGAACAGCAAAAGAAUAUUUGGCAUAAAAAUGAUUAUUUGCCCUGGCUACUUUAUGGCAAUUUUUUUGGAUUUUUAAGACUGAAAUUAAUUAAAAAAAUUUUUAUAGAAAAUGAAUUUGCUUGUAUUCGAUUAACUUUUGAUGUUUGUGAACGACAACCACAACAACGAUGGGAAGGAGGAUAUACUUGUGCCUAG